UGUGUGUGACGUAAAUGAUAACGUUGAAGUCAUUAUUGAUCGAUCUAAACGGCGAAAAAAAUAUUUUGUUAAAUUUUGUGUAAUUAUUCGUCUUGCCGAAAGCUUUCGGUGGAAAUAUCGUAAAAGCGUGGUUACGGGUUUGCCGUAAAGUGAUAUUUCGUCGUUUCCCUAAUUGUUAAUAACCGAAUAAUUUUUUUGUCAGCGACUGCAUGUCCAUCAAUAUGGACGACCCUGCACAAGGGGCGGACAUAUGUAGGGUAUGCCGAUCGGAAGGCAUGCCAGAAAGACCAUUGUUCCAUCCAUGCAUAUGUACAGGCAGCAUUAAGUACAUUCAUCAGGAGUGCUUGGUUCAAUGGAUGCGUUACAGCCGUAAAGAAUAUUGUGAGUUAUGCAGCUAUCGGUUUUCGUUCACGCCAAUUUAUGCCCCCGAUAUGCCGGGCAGACUUCCUAUCAAAGAUGUCGCUGCCGGUAUCACUUCCAGCAUUCUGACUGGUGUAAAGUAUUGGUUGCAUUUCACGCUUGUGGGAUUAGCUUGGCUCUGUGUUGUGCCUUUUACGGCUUGCCGCAUUUACCGAAGCCUGUUCAAUGGCUCUUUUGACGCCGUGAUGUCAUUGCCCAUAGACAUAUGGUCGUCCAAAAACAUAUCCGGCGAUAUAUUUCAUGGCUGCUUUGUUGUGACUUGCACGCUAUUUGCAUUUAUCGGAUUAAUAUGGUUGCGAGAACAAAUUUUACAUGGUGGCGGACCCGACUGGCUGGAAAGAGAAGAGCCUAAUAAUCCACAACAGCAGCUUAACCUUAUAUUGCCGCCGAUUCCUGAAGAAAACGCCGCUGAAGAUGAUAUUGAUGCUGCAAUUCGGCGAGAAGCAAAUCUAGUUGAUGAAGGUCACUGGAAUCCCAUAGAUUGGGGCGAUCGAGCCGCUGAAGAUUUAACCUGGGAGAGGCUACUGGGCUUGGAUGGAUCGUUGGUGUUUUUGGAACAUGUCUUUUGGGUUGUAUCGAUGAACGCUCUGUUUAUAUUAGUGUUUGCAUUCUGUCCAUACCAAAUGGGUAAUCUGGCCAUUACUUCACUGUCUUUACAAGACAAAGUGGCAGCUUCUCAUUUUGAAGGCCUAGUGACAACUUUAUGUGGUUACUGUCUGAUUGGCAUGUGUUUACUAAUAUUGCAUACGGCCGCCACUAUCAUCGGCUUUAGACGGUCCAAACGUAUAAUCGGCCUUAGCUAUAUUGUUGUGAAGGUUUCACUAUUAUCAGUUGUUGAAAUCGGAGUUCUACCCUUAGUAUGCGGUUGGUGGUUAGACAUAUGUUCCUUGUCCAUGUUCGACACGAGUUUCAAAGAUAGGUUGUCGAGUUUCCGUCAAGCGCCUGGCACAUCAAUGUUUAUCCAUUGGUUGGUCGGCAUGGUGUAUGUAUAUUAUUUCGCUUCAUUUGUGUUACUUCUCAGAGAAGUGGUACGACCUGGAGUACUAUGGUUUUUGCGGAAUUUGAACGACCCGGAUUUCAGUCCCAUACAGGAGCUAAUACAACAGGGCAUGUUGCAACACGGACGGAGACUCAUUGCUUCAGCUAUGAUAUUCGGUACUGCAGUUUUUCUGGUGGUUUGGCUGCCGAUACGCAUUCUAAAGUUCAUGUGGCCAUCGUUUUUGCCGUAUAAUGUGACCCUUCAUAGCGAUUCCGUCAAUGAACUGUCGUUGGAGCUGCUACUGCUACAGGUGAUUUUGCCGGCGUUACUUGAACAAACGCACACACGCAACUGGUUGAAAGCGGGUGUACGCUUUUGGUGCCUGGUCGUUUCUCGUUUGCUCGGCCUAAAGUCUUACUUGCUAGGCGACGGCGAAGAACCACAGCCUGUUGUAGCUCCCAUACACCCGCCAGUUGCAGAUCUGGGCGCAGCUCACGAAGGCUUGUUAAGACGUGGAGGGCCCGUGGGAUUCCGACCGUACACGCGGCCCUCUCAUUUCACUGCGCGCCUCAUUCUGCUGCUGAUGUUCGUGGCCAUUUCCGUAGUGGCCAUCAGCCUGUCCAUCAUUAUUGUGCCUGUGUACCUUGGUCGUAUGACUAUGUCGUUCUGGCCGGACGUGUUACCCGCACCCAACGAGUCGUCAUUGCAAACACCCAAUAUCCAUGAGCUGUACACAGCAGCGUGCGGCACCUACAUAUGUUGGCUCUCCGUGCGGGCUGUGUGCUUCUUGGCAGGGUGGUUGCCUGAGGGUCGCGCCGUCGUGAUGACUCGCUUAAAGUUUUGGCUCAAGGUCGGCUCCAAAGCUCUGGUGGCAUUUAUCGUGUUGCUUGGCGUCAUACCGUUUCUGUUCGGAUUGUUCCUCGAGCUCGUCAUGGUCGUGCCGUUCCGGGUGCCACUACACCAGACACCCGUGUUGUGGGGUUUCCAAGACUGGGCGCUGGGCGUGCUGUAUAUGAAAAUAGCGUGCGCCAUCACGUUGAUGGGCCCUGACUGGCCCAUGCGCCGAGCAAUCGAGCGCACCUACAGGGACGGCUUUAUGCGCCUGGACCUUGAGCUAAUGAUGCGCGAACUGGCCGUGCCCGUGAUCGCCGUACUCAGCCUGUCAUUGGCCGUGCCGUACGUGAUCGCCUACUCCAUAGUACCAAUGGUAAUCAAGAGCCAGUCGACGCAGCUACUCAUCGCCAGGCGGAUUUAUCCCACGGUGGUGUUGUUGGUGAUCAUCGUCAAGGCAAUGAUAAUGCAAGUGCGACAGUUCAAAAGGCUUUACGAACACAUUAAAAAUGACAAAUAUCUGGUGGGCAGAAGACUAGUGAACUAUAAUCAUAAAAGCCCGUCGGUUACAGACCAACCACAGCAGCGUUAACGAUAACAACUAGAUAACAUUAUUUCGGUGAACUGUUUUAAUAAAUAUUCUUUAUUAUUUGUAUAAAAAAAAUGUAUGAUAUAUUGUUUGUUUUUAUUACUAUUUUAUUUUUUCAUAAUUUUACAUAUAUACAUAUAUAUAUUUUCAAAUAACAUAUAUAAUGAUAUUUUAAAUAUUAUUAAAUUUGUGUAUGAAUAGAUUCAUUACAAAUUAAACUAUUUAAGUACGGAAAACAUGUUAUUAAUAAAUAAGGCGACUGCUUAAAUAAUUUAGAUCCACGAAAUCGUCAGUUAGCGACCAUCGAUUCAAACCAUGUAACGAUUCCAUUGGUACCCUACUAUUGUUUAUAUUAGUUAACCUUACCCAUUUGAUACGCACCAAGUAUACCAAUAACAAAAUACGGUAAAAUGUUAACUAUAUUAUUAUAUUCUUGUAUAAUAACUUAUAAGUCUGCGGUCGACACAAUAUAGUUGUAAGACGAUAGUAUUAUAAUUAUAAUACUAUCAAAAUGUAUCACAAAUUUGUAUACAUUGUGUUAUAUUUUACAAAUGGAAAAUUAAUGGUUAAAAUGUUCAAUGUGUUGACUUACUAACAUGACUUCUUAAUCUUUUGCAUGUUUCAAUAAUAAUUGAUAACCAAUUACCAAAAUAUCCAGUUAAAAUUAACAUUAACUAAUAAAUACUUUAGGCUCCAUUCAUCAAUACUAUAAAUCAAAACAUACUGAAAAAAAAAUGUUUUGUUUUACCGCGGUAAUUAUAAUUAUAAUUUAUAGAGAAUAAUUGUCAUGUGUUUGUGUUAAAUCAUUAUUCUACUCUUAUCGAUUGGUGUGACAUUGUUGAAUUACUUCAAUAAAUGUUUGGCUGCUAUCCAUUCCACUUAA